AACCUUCGAUUUCAAAUCAGGUUAGUUAAUAAAGUUAAAUAAACUGCACUGCAUAUAUUGAACUCUUAUUCCUCAUUGUUAAAUUUUCUCUUCCCCAGAUUUGUAUCAUGACGGAUAUCAUCACCAUCAACUUGAUCUGUCAAGCUAUUUUUUCUGGAAAUGGUUACACUUAUGAAGUGUCCUCUAACAUACCGUCUGCUGUUCUUCAAGACCCAGACUGUGAGAAAGCCUGGUACAGGAAGGCUCCAGGUAAUGGAUCGGAGUUGGAGUUUUUGUCAGAUGGACAACUUCAUGUAAACCAAAGUAAACACCCGCUGGUUGUUGAUGUGAGCGAGAAAAGCAUCACAAUCACCGAAUGCAUCGAGCUUCGCCAUAACGUAACGUGUCAUGGAUCAAAUCAAAAGUUUCAACACCUUUACCGAGUCACUGACCACAACGCUACCAACUCCACCAUCACCGCCAACUCCCCCAACACCACCAACCCCCCCAACACCACCAUCCGCAUCAUCAUCUGCAUCAUCCCCAUCAUCAUCAUCAUCAUCAUUAUUGGAGUCCUGAUCCUGAGAUACAGACAAGGGAGGAGAAACAGAGUCUUGGUGAGCUUGAGAGGCUGCUGUAAACAAACAGAAGCACAGAAUAACAAUAUCCCACUGAAGGAGCUUGAAGCAGGCAGCAACCAUGAAAUGCAACCACUGAAUAUUAAAAACCCAAACGAUGACCAUGCUGUGAGUGCUGAUCAGAAUGGUGAUGCUGGGAGGAUGUUGAUACAAGAUCAGACAUCAGAGAGUGAUGAAGGACCUCAAAUACCAAGCAACCAAAACAAAGGGGAUUGUGCUACGGUGAAGAUGAACGACUAUGAAAAUGACGGGAUGAAGAAAUGUAGACGCUCGAACGACGUUGUUUCAGUGUUGAUUCCAGGCCAGAGUUUCCAGCCUGCCCUAGCCUGCCCUGAUACUGCCCCUCAUAUUGAUGACAUCAUCACUAGUCAACUAUAUAAAGCCGAAGAGGAAGGAGGGGAGGGUGUUAGUAGUGGUGGUUGAUUGUUGUGUUGUGAUAGUUUUUGUUCUGGUUUUGACUUUUGUUCUGUUUCUGACUCUGAGCUUGGCUUACCCUUGGAAUUGUUGCUGUGGUUUCACUUUGUAUAUACACACAUAGCACUGUAUAUUAUUCACAGAUUCACUGGCAGUAGGGGUCUGGCUGUUAGGAUAGUUAUCUAACUAUUAGACCUUUUUGUUUAUUAUUUUGGCCUGGGCCCACCUUGAAAAGACGCCAGUGUACUGUCAGCUGUAAAUAUUAUUUAUAUCUGUAAAUAAUACACAAAUACACUUACCUAGAAAUUCUA